AUGUUCCGUCAAAUCCACUUGGAUAAAGGCUGGAAGUUCAAGCAAGCCAGUUCUCGGAACAAUGGCACUGCUUCAUCCUUUCUACCUGUUGCCCAGUUUCCAACUGUCGCUCAUAUUGAUCUUUUGCAUCACGAGUUGAUCCCCGAUCCCUAUAUCGACAUCAAUGAACUGAAGUGUCUUUGGGUCAAUGAUGCGGACUGGACAUAUUGUACCGAGGAGAUCUCCCCAGUCGAUCUGAAACCGUCUGAAAAGGCAGAGCUUGUCUUUGAGGGCCUUGAUACAGUGGUUGACGUGUAUCUGAACGAUUCGCAUAUCUUGUUUAGCAACAAUAUGCAUAGGUCUCAUCGUGUUGACGUUACCGAUAUGCUGCGGGGUAGAGAGAAACCAUCUGUUCUUGAGCUGAGGUUCAGAGCUGCACCAGCAUACGGUCGUUCGGAACGUGAGCGCAUUGGAUACAAGACGACAAAGGUUGGAAGAGGUGUCAACUUUGGCGGGUCUGAGAGACUGUUUGUCAGGAAAGCACAGUAUCAUUGGGGUUGGGACUGGGGACCGGCCAUCAACACUUGCGGUCCCUGGAAGCCUAUAUACUUAGAUGUCUACGAGUCACGAAUCUGUGAUCUCCGGGUCACCCAAGACGUUGCCCCAGAUCUCUCUUCUGUGGACAUCAAAGUCGAAGCGCACUUGGAGGGUCACAACAGUAUCAAUGAGGUUCAGGUUCAGUUACUGGACGUUGAAACAGGGGCCAUUGUGGUUGAUGAUAAAGCAUCGAAAUCGACUAAAGGGGCUCCAUCCUUUACGAUUAAGCUCAACAAACCGAAGCUGUGGUACCCGUUCUUGUAUGGAGAGCAAAGCCUCUAUCUCCUCCAGGUCAGCAUUCCGAAUCAUACUGAUCAGCCAGGCACUUCAUUCAUCUUUGAAGUCAACAACAUUUGUCUCUUCAGUGGCGGUUCAUGUUGGAUACCCGCGGAUUUCAUGCUGCCGCGAGUGUCCAAGGAAACGUACGAGAAAUGGAUCACUCUUGCCAAGGCAGGAAAUCAGUCUAUGAUUCGUGUCUGGGGAGGUGGGAUUGUUGAGAGUGAUGACUUUUAUGAUAUAUGUGACCGUGAAGGCAUCAUGGUCUGGCAAGACUUCUUAUAUGCAUGCGGCAACUACCCUGGUUCGCCAGAUUUCGUUGCCAGUGUCAAGAUCGAAGCGGAGCAACAAGUACAGCGUGUUGGUCACCAUCCCUCUCUUGUCCUGUGGUGCGGGAAUAAUGAGGACUACAUGUGCGCAGACGGAGAUCGUUGCUGGGAGGUUGACUACAGUGACACGACUGGUCCAUGGGAUAAGACUACAUUUCCAGCACGUGAGAUUUAUGAACGCACGCUCCCUUCCGUCAUCAAAGCAUCAGGCACUGACGUCCCGUAUUGGAUUAGCUCUCCCUAUGGUGGAAGCUUCUCCAACGACACGACGGUUGGUGACACACAUUGUUGGGAUGUCUGGCAUGGCAAACUAUCACCAUACCAGGACUACAAGGCCUACACGUCCCGCUUCAUCUCGGAAUUUGGCUUCGAGUCAGCUCCCAGUCUCCAGACUCUUCACCGAGCUAUUACGUCUCCCAAAGAGCGCCAUGGACAGUCGAGGACUUUUGACGUCCACGAUAAAGGUCCCGGUCAUCAAAGACGGUACCCAAUGUACAUGGGUGAGAACUAUCGCUUUCGAAUGAAUCCUCUCAGGGAUUUUGUAUACUGCACGCAGUUCCUUCAAGCCGAGGCGAUGGCGUAUGCUUAUAACUGUUGGCGACGUGAGUUCCGAGGGCCUGGGGAAGAGAAUUGCGCUGGCGUCUUGGUCUGGCAGCUAAACGACAUCUGGCCUGGUAUUAGCUGGGCCCUCGUUGAUAUUGACAUGAAUCCCAAACCAGCAUACUACAUCACUAAGCGAGCAUUGGACAAGAUGGUUGUUGGAAUGGAACGAGUCGUCACCGAGAAGCCGCCUUAUAUCACCACUGGUUAUCUCGAUAAGAAGCACAAGGUCGACAUCUGGGCUGUCAAUGGCCAUCUCCAUGAGAUGAGAGUCACGUUGGAGGUGAAGGCAUUUGAUAUCCAAAGUGGAAAGUCAAUCGGAUGGACACGCUCGGACGAGUCGAAGGAAUAUGCUUUAAAAGGAAACCGUUCUACUGAACUUUUGGCUGGGCUGGAGAUUCCAAACCCAGAUGAAACAGUGUUGGUUGCAUAUCUACGAGACAUCUCAUCUGGAGAACAAGUGGCAAGAUGGGUGAGCUGGCCGGAGCCUCUCAAGUAUGUGCACAUGUCUUCUGAUCUGAAGGUCACUACGGAAGUAGUGGACGAUGGAUCAGCAGUCAUUGUGAGAGCCAAUGCACCGGUUAAAGGAGUUGUGUUAAGUGCAUCGGGUAGUGAUGGCAAGAACCUGGUCUUUGACAACAACUUCAUCGAUCUGGUGCCAGACGAAGAGAGUAUGCACACCAACUCUCUUCUACUGCGAAAACACUACUCGUCCACAAUGGUCCAAGCAAAACUCCGAGGCUGCUGUGAUGGCUGCACCAAAAGCAAGCUCAAAUGCAGCGGUGAGAUGCCCUCUUGUCAAAGAUGUCGGAUACGAAGCCUGGACUGCGUAUACAGCAAGGCUCGCCGCGCUGGGCGUCCACGCCUCAAGCCCAAGCCAAGUAAAGCAUCGAUUGUUUGUUCUGUUGACCGGGAACCACGAAUCGAUCUCACCAGCUACAGCGACCAACCUUUUAAUGGUGUUCAGUGCUCGAAGAACGAGCUGGUUCUGCCAUCACUUCCAGAUCUUGUACAUUAUUCACCAGACUCUCAAGAUAUCUCAGUUUUUAUGCAAGAUCCUUGGGCUUCAACGUCACGUCUCGGCUCAGAUGUCACACAGCCUUCAAGCGAUAUGCUGUUGAAUAACCCUGAGGGCUUUGGCUCGGCAUCUGCUAUGACUCUGAAACAAGAGUGGAGUCAAGACAACACUCUAUUUCACUAUGGCUUAGACGAUACACGUUCAGGACAUGGUGUAACUAGCGAGGGGCCACCCGGCCAUACCUCGUCAAGCCCAUCAGGGUUUUAUACAGUCACAAUCCAGAAUACAGACGAGACCAAUAGCUAUUUGACAGAAGUCGAUAUGGAGAUCAAUGCCAUCAUGGCCACAAUCACGGAUAUCGCCAAACGACCAAUCGGAUCACAUCACCUCGACGACCACCCAUGA